AUGUUGGUCUUGGUGCUGGUCGCCAUUAUUACUAUGCUGGGCAUGAGCAUAAUACGUCAUAAAAAAUCAAAUGAUAAUUCAAAGAAAGAAUCUUCAACUACAGUACCAUAUGGUCCUCGUCCAUGGCCAAUUUUUGGUAAUCUUCUUCAAUUAGGUUAUCGUCCAUAUGAAACAUUAUAUCGCUGGUCGAAAAUGUCGAAAUAUGGUAACAUAUUUCGACUUCAGCUUGGUUCACAAAUGGUUGUUGUUCUUAAUUCACCAUCAAUUAUACGUGAAGCAUUACAUGAUCAUGGUGAAGUAUUUGCUGGUCGUCCAUAUCUUCAUAUGAUACAUGAAACAUUACAUGGUAAAGGUGUUAUAUCAGCUCCAUAUGGUCGAGAAUUUCAUGAACAUAAAAAUUUUCUUAUUAAAAGUUUUAAUCGAUUUGGACGUCGACGACGAUCAUCAUUAGAAAAUGGUUGUCUUGAUCAAGUACGUUUUGUUGCUGAAAAAAUUCGUGAAAAACAAUCAUCACCAUUUCGUAUUGGUAAUAUGUUAAGUCAAAUAGCAUGUAAUAAUAUAUGUACACUUACAUUUGGUCGUUAUUUUGAAACAAUGAAUAUGAAUAAUUUAUUUGAAAAAAUUAAUGAAAAUUUUAAUCAAACAGCAACAAUAGCAUGUUUUAAUUUUUUACCAUUUACAAGAAAAUUUCGAAAGAAUAUUUUUAAUAAUGUACAUGAUUGUAAUCGUGUUAUAAAAAAAUUAGUUGGUGAACGUGAAACUAAUUUUGAUAAUGAAUUUAUAACAAAUAUUGUUGAUGCUUAUUUGGAUGAAAUGAAUCAACAUCGACAACGAAGUACUUAUUUUUCAAAAGAAAAUCUUGAUUCACUUGUUCAAGAUUUAUUUGUUGCUGGUACAGAAACAAUAUCAAAUACAUUACAUUGGGCAAUUUUUUAUAUUGUUGCACAUCCACAUGUACAAAAAAAUAUUCAUGAAGAAAUCGAUAAUAUUAUUGGUAAAGAUCGACCACCAUGUGAUAAAGAUCGUAGUCGAAUGUCUUAUAUUGAAGCUGUUUUACUUGAAUCAAUGCGUUGUCAUUGUGCUGGUCCAAUAUUAGUUCCACGAGCAACAACACAAGAUAUUACAUUUCAUAAUUAUUUUAUUCCAAAGGAUACAUUUAUACUUGUUAAUAUGUGGUCAGCAAUGAAAGAUGAACAACAUUGGUCUGAACCAGAAAAAUUUGAACCAGAACGAUUCCUUGAUGAAAAUCGUCGUUUACGUAAUGUUAAUCAUCCUGCUAUGAUGCCAUUUAGUGUUGGAAAACGUGCAUGCACAGGCGAACAAAUUGCAAAAAUUCAAUUAUUUUUAAUAUUAGUGAGUUUAUUUCAAAAAUUUGAAUUUCGUUUUGCAAAUGAUUGGAUUCCCAAAGAUCUUUGUGGUCAACCUGGUAUUACCCUUCGUCCACCAAAUUGCCAAUAUGAAGCCUUUGUUCGAUGA